GCAUAGACGAUCUGUGUGUGAGUCAGUAGUAUCUGCGUUGAGGCAAAGCUCCUCUCCCACUGGCUGCUAUGACCUAGCUACCGGACGACACCUUCUUCCUCCAGGACUGACCGCUGCGGCUCAAAUAGUUGUGUUACGGCGAUUUUUUUCGGCCACUCUUACUUCCAACACACAGUCGUUUAUGGUCGCAUUGCCGCGACUCUACAAUCGUAGCUGCUGGCCUCUGAGGCUAGCUGGCUAGCAGAGCAGUGACAGAGGGGAGCCAGCUGGUCGGACAGAGGCACAGCAACGUUAGCAAACAAGCUAAUUAGCCCAGAAAGACUCAGCCUGGAUUACUGCCUUUAAUCAAAGAAAGCGCAAGUCUGCGGUUUUUACUCACUGCGGCAAAAAUGAAGAUAACUGUGGAUUUCGAGGAAUGUUUGAAGGACUCCCCGCGGUUCAGAGCCACCAUAGAGGAAGUGGAGGGGGAUGUGUGCGAGUUGGAAUCCAAGCUCGACAAAUUGGUGAAGUUGUGUAUUGGGAUGAUUGAUGCUGGAAAAGCCUACAAUGCAGCCAACAAGCAGUUUGUUAACGGGAUCCGGGAGCUGGCCCAGCAGUCCACCAAAGAUGAGGUCAUCGAGUCCAGUCUCACAAAGUUUGCUGAGAGCCUGCAGGAGAUGAUCAACUAUCACACGAUAUUAUUCGAUCAGGCCCAGAGAUCAAUCAAGACCCAGCUUCAAACAUUUGUCAAAGAUGACAUACGUAAGUUCAAAGAAGCCAAGAAGCAAUUCGACAAAGUGAGCGAGGAAAAGGAGGCGGCGCUGAUUAAGAAUGCACAGGCUCCCCGCAACAAGCAGCAUGAGGUGGAGGAGGCCACGAACAUCCUCACUGCCACACGCAAGUGCUUCCGACACAUCGUCCUCGACUACGUUUUACAGAUCAAUGUGCUACAAUCAAAGAGACGAUCGGAGAUCCUGAAAUCAAUGUUGUCCUUCAUGUAUGCCCACCUGACGUUCUUCCACCAAGGAUAUGACCUCUUCAGUGAACUACAACCUCUGAUGAAACAACUAGGAGGACAGUUGGACCAGCUGGUGGUGGAUGCUGCCAAAGAGAAGAGGGACAUGGAGCAGAAACACUCCACCAUCCAGCAAAAGGACUUCUCGAAUGACGACACCAAGCUGGAGUACAAUGUGGAUGCAGACAACGGCAUCGCAAUGGAGGGUUAUCUGUUUAAGAGGGCCAGCAAUGCCUUCAAGACGUGGAAUAGGCGUUGGUUCUCCAUCCAGAACAAUCAGCUAGUUUACCAGAAGAAAUUUAAGGACAACCCGACAGUGGUGGUGGAAGACCUGAGGCUAUGUACCGUCAAACACUGUGAGGAUAUAGAGCGUCGCUUCUGUUUCGAAGUGGUGUCACCCACCAAGAGCUGUAUGAUGCAGGCAGACUCAGAGAAGCUGCGACAGGCCUGGAUCAGAGCCGUCCAGAACAGCAUUGCCACCGCUUUCCGCGACAAGGGAGAUGACGGCGAGAAGCUGGAUAGGAAGUCGUCCACAUCGACAGGGAGCCUGGACUCUGGUGGUGAGCCAAAGGAGAGAUCACUGAAAGGAGAGAGUGCCCUGCAGAAGGUCCUGGCCAUCCCAGGAAACACCUGCUGCUGCGACUGUGGCCAGCCAGACCCCCGCUGGGCCAGCAUCAAUCUGGGCAUCACCCUCUGUAUACAGUGCUCUGGUAUCCACAGGAGUCUGGGAGUGCAUUUCUCUAAGGUUCGGUCUUUGACUUUGGAUACAUGGGAGCCAGAACUUCUAAAGUUAAUGUGUGAACUGGGAAACGGAGUGAUCAACCAGAUCUAUGAGGCUCGGCGAGAGGAGCUGGGAGCCAGAAAACCACAACCAGGAGAUCCAAGACACGAGGUAGAGGCAUACAUCAAAGCCAAAUAUGUGGAUCGCCGGUUUGUGCGCCGGCCGUCAGACGAGGAGCUUCGCAACAAAGUGGUGUCUCUGAGCAAACAGGAGAAGAGGCUGAGCAGCAGCUCGGAGCACCUGCCCCCAAGACCUCCACCACCCACCCCAAAACUUCGACCGGGUCAGUCAGCUGUUGCCAGCGGCACGGAGGCCCGCCGCGACUCUCUCUUCUGUCCUGACGAGCUUGACUCACUCUUCUCCUACUUUGACAACUCUGCCAAGCUCAGGAGCAUAAAAAGUGCAGACAGCGGCAUCCAGAACAGUGCUGAUGGGAGCAGGGAGAUGCUGGCCACCACCCCGUCCAAUAACAGCCUGACAGAUGCAGAUGCUGCUGAGUCUCCGCCGUUGCCCAUGCCUGCCACACUGCCUCCUCCAUCACCCUGUAAGGAGGUGGUUUUCUACGAGCCUAAAGAGUACAGCUCAGGUCUGCAGCUCUACUGGGCAGCAUGUGCCCGCAGCCUGCCGGACAUGGCAGAGGCACUGGCCCACGGAGCCGAGGUCAACUGGGUCAACACGGAGGACGACAAGAGGACGCCGCUUAUAAUGGCGGUGCAGGGGGGUUCGCUGGUCACCUGUGAGUUUCUGCUCCAAAAUGCAGCCAAUGUGAACCAGCAGGAUGCUCAGGGCCGAGGACCCCUGCACCAUGCCACCAUGCUGGGACACACAGGGCAAGUGUGUUUAUUCUUAAAAAGAGGAGCAAAUCAAAAUGCUGCAGACAUUGAUGAGAAAACACCCCUAACGAUAGCUGUGGAAGCGGCCAACGCAGACAUCGUCACUCUGUUGCGACUGGCCAAGAUGAACGAGGAGAUGCGAGAGGCGGAGGGGCCUUACAGCCAGUCAGGAGAUGAAACCUACCAGGACAUUUUCCAGGAUUUCACCCACAUGGCCUCCAACGACCCGGACAAGCUGAACCGCUACCAGCAGUACGAUCCGCAGCGACCCUGACACAACAGAAAAACCGUCCACUAGCACUCAGAGACUGUCUGCUCAACCCGAGAGCGGCAAAAAGACGUCUGGAAAGACGUUGUCCACUUUCCCUCCAAUAUGAUUCAGCGUUAAAGCCGGUUAGUGCUGCCGCAGCUGGACUCGUGUCGAAGCUCCCUUUCAACUAAUUGUGUUCUUGCAGCUGUGUUUACAGCCCCUUUUAUAAAACUACAGGCACUUCUCUAAAGUGAAGGAGAACCUCUGUGAACAGUAAACCUCACUUUUUUUUAAAAAACUGUGCUUCCCUGUAGGAUCUUUUUAUUCGAACAAGUGAAUGGUACAGUGUUGAAUCCUCAGAAAGGAUUUGCAAAGUCAUAAAAAUAAGAUUUUUUUAAUUGAACUCAGUCUGAAUGUAGAGCUGCCAUCAAGGCUGUCAGUUAUUUUAGUUGUUUAUGUCACACCUCUUGACAGAAGACAAUUUCUUUUUUAAAUACAUUAGGAAAGAAGUGUGCGUCGUCAGAGUUGUAAAGAGGUAAGUGCAUGACAGACUGUUAAAUACUCCAUUUCAAUUUUUAAGCGCUUCCUCUCUUUAAUAGGAUUCUCUUUAUGAUCAUAGGCAUCUUUUUUUAUAUCAAAAUUUCGCUUAGUGAACUCUCAGCAGCGUAUACACGACAAUAUGCUUUUACUUAUUUGCACAGAUCCCUUUGUCUUAAAUCGCCACUGAUGUUUACCAGUUUUGAUGGUAAGACUUUGACAUGUUAAACAGUGUACAGUGAUCAUUUUAUUGAUGCAAAUAGAUUUUUUUGAUUUUUCACCGCUCGUCAUUUUUUUUUAACACUUUCCUCUGAAUGAUUUAAAUUUUCUGUGUCGUCACCAUGUCAGUACCUGCAGUACGUGUCAGCGAGGCAAUCAGCCCUUCGUGAUCAUCAUCAGCGUCGUGAUCUUUGUGGAAUGAAAAAAGCUUCAGUUGAGAUGAUUGUUAAUUUAUAGAUUCAGUCUCAUGCUAUUAUUAAAGAUGUAGCAUGUAACUCUACAAUAAUAUGGAUCUAUAGAGUAUAUACGACCAUUUUAUUCCCGUUGAUUCUAGAAAUAACAGUAACGCUCCAUUUUAGGUUUGUAAUUUCCUAACAAUUUUUACAGGAAGUUUCCCAGAAAGAAGUGUGUCAUUUGGUCCCUCAAAAAAGCUCAAGUAAAUCCAAGUAAAUCUUCAUUUUAUACUGGAGGUAAACUCCUUAAGAUUCAGUCUUGGUUCAUCUGGAGACACCUGUGGUCACCAUGGUAACAUCAAGUGUGGUUACACACUAUAGAGUGCAACUGGUGUAUCUUUUUACUGUGCCACAGCAAACAAACUCACAUUAGUGACACUGAAUUGGUUUUCUGUGAAUGCCUUGUGCGUCGGUAUUAAAGGUGGAAUUGCGUAAUUUUAGGGAUAAGGAGACUUGACUUAAGGUGUAGAAAUUUUUUUGAGUGCACAGAGGCCACAUGCCAGGGCAUCACGGGUUUAAAAAACCCAAAUUUUAUUUCAUUUCGAUAGACAAAUCAGUUUGUAAAAGUAUUAAUGCCACAAUUUUUUUAAAAAGAAAAAGUAAUUUGUAAUUCAGAUUAUUAGAAAAUCUUCAAGAUCACACAGCAUCAGUACAAUCACUGAACCCUCAGGGCACAAAAAUGAACAAUACUGAAAAACAAAGAACUGAUUAAUCAGAGUCCUGAGUAUAUAUGUGGUGAUCUGUUUACGUCAUGUGUGAGACAUUUACACUGUAUGUAAUUUACAUAGUUUGUCAUAUAUCAGAUUUAUGUAUGGGAUAGUUCCCUAUGGAGGAAUAGUCAGUAACAUUAAUAACUUUGUAACAUUCUGAAUUAAACAGAUUGUUUUUUCCUGGAGGUCAUGAUAGAAGUUGCUAACGAGUGAGCCAUUGCGCUUCCUUCUCACCUCUGUUGAGAGCUGCACAUGCAAAGUACUGAUCAUGGGAAUGCAUAGCAACAAUACUUUCACUUUUACCAAUCCUGCCAGGGACUUCAGAACAAGAGAUCUUCCACGCAUGCAUUUUUAUUGAUCACACAGCACGUGUUGAUAAUGUUACUGUUGACCAAUCAAGACAUUGUAUUAGCAUUUUGUUGCCAGGUGGAGUUGACAGGAGAGGGCAGAGAGGCAGGGCCGGGAAAGAAAAAACAAAACAGGCAGAGAGUGGGACACCAAGGCCACAGUAGCCAGUGAGCAUAUGGUAUUCAGAAGUGCGCCAAGACCGCUGCUGAAAUUCCUGCUCUGCUAGGCCAUUUGAAUCUAAUGCGUGAAUGGCGGACCCCGCCACUAACAUUGAAAACUGCUAUAUAAAGGAAUUAUUGGAAAAAAUGCAUGAAAAUCUUCAGGAUAAUGAUUUUAGUUGUGUGGCUUAUAUGUGGCUAAGUGUAUUUUCAGCCUACCUGCUGUGCUCUCAUUAAAAUGCUCUAUUAUGCAGGCAAAUAAUUGAAAUUAAUUGUAAGUGGACUAUUUAAAUGCUGCCUCCGUUUCCCUCUAAUAGAAGCAAAUUAGAUCAACUUUUUUGAGUAAACUUCUCAGGAAAUUAUUUUUGAAAUUACAAACCUGUAAAGUAAAGUGUUACAGAAGUACCGUACAUACAGUCAGCAAAAUGUCCAGAUAUGUUUGGAAAUAUUACUCCCUCUGUGGAAAUUGUAUAAAGAUGUUUAAGUUGAGCUGUAGAGCCACUGUCGUUCCCUGUGAUGAGCUGUUAAAGAACUUAGAGUGUUAGAUUCAGUUCAGACAUCAGACGACUGCACUGAAAUGUCCAAAUCCAGAAAUUAAAUCUGCAAAUUUCCUGUCAGAUGUUACGUGAACUGUAGUGUAGGAUCUGUCUUCAGCAAAACUGUAAAAUCUCCUCUCUGACAUUAACAGUACGUACAGUAGUCAGAUACGACACGAAGCGCAGAGGAAACCUUCGGCCAACAUGGGAUACAAUUCUUGUACAUUCUGUACAGAUGCUUUUGAAUUCUCCAGAGAACUGAAGUAUAAAGUUAGUGGUACUUGAAUCAUUAAAUAAGCUUUUGUAUAUGCUGUUCUUUGUAUUCUUCUGUAAUUUCAGCCCCUUUUAUAUUGCCUGUCUGUAUACCAGUAUACAUGUACUGUAUAUUCUACCUGUAAUAUGUAAGAACUUCAAUACAUAUGGACUGAGGAUCCCU